AUGUCCGCCAAUAUGGAUGCCGAAUCUAUUGCCCGCCUUUCUCUCCACGACCCCAAUGACUUCCGUAUCCAGCACGCUCAAACACUGCAUCGUCUAGAGCUUCUACAACACUGGAACAUUCUCCCCGGCGCACGACUGUUAGAGUUAGGAUGCGGACAGGGUGACUGCACCACCGUCCUCGCUUCUGCUGUGGGAGAGCAAGGACAUGUAGUAGCAGUUGACCCAGCCGACCUCGAUUAUGGCGCCCCAUACACUCUGGCCCAAGCACAAGGUCUUAUAUCCCAAGGUCUGCUAGGCGGGCGGGUUACUUGGGUACAAGAAUCACCUUUGGAUUAUCUUUCCUCUUUGGCAUCCGAUUCUCCACCUGACAGCAAAGCGUUUGAUGCAGCGGUCCUUGCACACUGUUUAUGGUACUUUCCCUCGCCUUCACUUAUCCUUGAUACUUUGCGUGCACUCAAGCAGCACAGCAAAAGGCUCUUGCUGGCUGAGUGGUCUUUGGUAGCGACAGACCCUUCUGCUCAGCCUCAUGUCCUCGCUGCGUUGGCCCAAGCAGCGCUAGAAUGCCGCAAGCCCACGAGCACCUCGAAUGUCCGCACUGUGCUAAGUCUAAAGCGGCUUACCGAGCUGGCUUUAGCCGCCGGGUGGCAACUGGAGACCGAAACACGCGUGCAACCUACAGAAGACUUGUUGGAUGGGCGGUGGGAGGUAUCCGCUUGUCUUUCUCCUUCUUUCGAAAGGGAGGUGGAGGAGAAAGUGACAGAAGAAAGAGAACGCGGUGUGGUCUUCGCUUUGAGGGAUGCAUGCGAAGCAAGUCUAGGAAGUGUGCAGGGAGGUCUCAAAGGAGUGAGGGCCAUGGACGUCUGGGUUGCCACUUUUGUCUAA